UACGCAACACAUGCUAGACUACACUUGGAAGAAGCAACUACUGCCCUAGUUUAUCUUCCACCGCCCGACACCGCAAAACCCUCUUUGCCUCUGGAGCAGCGAGAACUAGAACACAUUCCCCACUCUAACCCGCGGAAAACGAACGUCUCCACAAGUUCAAAGUGGGAGAAAAAGUACGAGUCGCAAAACGGCUUGGCCGUAGAAGCAGAGGAUUCCGAUGGAUCGAAUCGUCGCGGCAAAGGAGCUCGCCUUUCGGGUCGGGUUCUCCGGACACAGCGGCCACUUACGGGUCGAACCCCUCCCGCCCGUCGAGCGCCCCGGUCCCCUCCACCAUCUACCUGACUUCAUACCACUGCCUGCAUUUGCCCGGGAAACACCCGAAUCAAUAAAAGAGUAUAUAGAGGAGAACUAUCUCUUUCCAAGAUUGGACGCUGAUGAGUUUUCUCCUGAAAAGGCUGGUAAGCAGUGGGAAUUUGACUGGUUCAGUAAAGCAAAAAUUCCCCUCGAGCCAUCAUUGCCACGGUCUGUUGUAGUUCCCACGUGGGAGUUACCUUUUCGACGCCGAAAGAAGGAGUCGGAGCAAGGAGAAUGGGAACCCAGUUCAGUGCAGGUGGAGCUUUCUGAACUUAUGGUAGAAGCUGAAGAUUCUGGCGGUUUGCCACGCAUGGCAGGACCCGCAAAGGAUUUCGUAAAGGGAAGCAUCAAUAAACGCCCUUUUCGUCCUGGCGGUUUGGAUAAUUCCCAAGCAUCAGAAAGGAUUCCUGUUGGUGCUUCUAAUGGUCAAUGGGUAUGGGAGGUGAUUAAUGGCGGUCCUCCUCAAACAAUUCCUCCUAGCUUUAAACAAGGACUGGAUCUUGGUGAUCUCAAGGCAUGUUCAUACUCAUGGAAUGUUUACAAGGAUCAAACUGUAAUCAAGAGCACAUCUGUUGAAAAACAGAAUGAGUUAUAUGUUCAGUUUGAUGACUUAUUUAAGAAAGCAUGGGAAGAGGAUGUGACAGAGUUUGUGGGUCAUGUGUCAGAGUCAGAAGAAGCUGAAGUCGAUGACGAAAUUGUUAAGUCGGAGUCCGUUGAGUUGGAAGCUGAAGUUAAUAUGGAUACAGUGCCUGGUGGUGUUUUUGUCCCUGAAUCAUCGAUUUUGGAUGAGAUUUUGUCAGUUGAAUCAGUAGGGUCGAUUUCGAUAUUGCACAGAACCGGUGAUAGUGGUGGUUUGGAGCAUAAAGAGGCCUGGGCUGUGAGAGAAGGCGGUGAAGAGAUUGCAGAGCAUUUUCAUGAACUUGUUCCAGACAUGGCACUUGAAUUUCCCUUUGAACUGGACAAAUUCCAGAAGGAGGCUAUUUAUUAUCUUGAAAAAGCGGACUCUGUUUUUGUGGCAGCUCACACAUCUGCUGGGAAGACAGUUGUUGCAGAGUAUGCAUUUGCUUUGGCAUCAAAACACUGUACGAGAGCUGUGUAUACUGCUCCGAUUAAAACCAUUAGCAACCAAAAAUACAGGGAUUUUUGUGGGAAAUUUGACGUUGGCCUUCUCACUGGGGAUGUAAGCUUGAGGCCAGAGGCUUCUUGUCUCAUCAUGACCACUGAGAUACUGCGGUCAAUGCUUUAUAGGGGUGCUGACAUCAUACGUGACAUUGAGUGGGUAAUAUUUGAUGAAGUGCAUUAUGUUAAUGAUGUGGAAAGGGGUGUUGUUUGGGAAGAAGUUAUUAUCAUGCUUCCAAGGCAUAUCAAUAUUAUCCUUCUUUCAGCCACGGUGCCAAAUACAAUGGAAUUUGCUGACUGGAUUGGUCGAACAAAACAAAAGAAAAUUCGUGUAACCGGGACAACUAAGAGACCGGUCCCGCUGGAGCAUUGCCUCUUUUAUUCUGGAGAACUUUAUAAAAUUUGUGAAAGUGAAGUCUUCUUGCAUCAUGGUUUGAAAGCUGCCAAGGAUACAUACAAGAAAAAAAAUUCGACUACAGUUAGUGGUGGUACUGGAACAUAUCCUGGUGUUUCAGCAGGCCAUGAAGGGAGUCGUGCUCCUAAACGUGAAAGUUCUUCUCGGGACAAACAGAACAAACAUUCUGGAUUUAACAAGAUAGGGAAUUUCCCUGGUAUGGGUGGCGGGAACCAAGCUGGUGGUAGCAAUCGGGGGUCCUGGAGAUCAGAAGCAUCUUUGUGGUUGUUGCUUAUCAAUAAACUUUUGAAGAAGUCACUACUACCUGUGGUUAUAUUUUGUUUCUCAAAGAAUCGGUGCGACAAAUCAGCUGAUAAUUUAACUGGCAUUGAUCUCACAAGUAGUUCAGAGAAAAGUGAAAUUCGGGUAUUCUGUGACAAAGCAUUUUCAAGGCUUAAGGGAUCUGAUAGAAACCUACCACAGGUGGUCAGAGUUCAAAAUCUUCUACGUCGAGGGAUUGGUGUACAUCAUGCGGGCUUGCUUCCAAUCGUUAAAGAAGUUGUUGAGAUGCUUUUCUGCCGUGGUGUGAUUAAGGUCUUGUUUUCAACAGAGACGUUUGCAAUGGGAGUUAAUGCUCCGGCUAGGACGGUGGUUUUCGAUACGUUAAGGAAGUUUGAUGGCAAAGAAUUUAGGCAAUUACUUCCUGGAGAAUACACUCAAAUGGCCGGUCGUGCUGGCAGGAGAGGACUUGAUAAAAUUGGUACAGUUGUCAUAAUGUGCCGUGAUGAAAUUCCAGGAGAGAGUGAUUUGAAGCAUGUUAUUGUUGGCAGUGCAACGAGGCUGGAAUCUCAAUUUCGACUGACCUACAUCAUGAUCAUGCAUCUUCUCCGCGUUGAAGAAUUGAAGGUGGAGGACAUGUUGAAAAGAAGUUUUGCUGAAUUUCAUGCUCAGAAGAAACUCCCAGAGCAACAACAACUUCUAAUGCGGAAGCUUGCGCAGCCUACAAAAGCUAUUGAAUGUAUAAAGGGUGAACCAGCAAUUGAGGAAUACUAUGAGAUGUAUUCAGAAGCUGAGAAAUAUAGCAACCAGAUAUCAGAGGCUAUCAUGCAGUCCCCCCCAUCCCAAAAAUUUCUUAUUCCUGGAACAGUUGUUGUUGUGAAAUCCCAAUCAGCCCAAGAUCACUUGCUUGGAGUUAUUGCGAAAGCACCUUCUGCCAAUACUAAAAGAGUAGCUUUAGUCUUGACACCAAAUUUACCAUCAACUUUGCAAGCUUCCUUGACUACUGGUAGUUUGGAAGAUAAGAAGACUUUUGAGUUACAGAUGCUGGUACCAAAAUCAAAACGUGGUAUCGACGAUGACUAUUACUCUUCUGGCUCUUCUCGUAAAGGAUCUUGUACUGUCAACAUAAAACUCCCUCAUCGUGGUAGUGCCGCUGGUAUAAAUUAUGAGGUUAAAGAAAUCGAUAAUGGAGAUAUCCUAUCUAUAUGUGAUAAAAAAAUAAAGAUGGAUCAAAUUGGACUUCUACAAGAUAAUAAUAGUGCUGCUUAUUCCAAGACUGUGACAGAGCUGUUGAAUUCAAAAUCUGACGGGAAGUACCCUCCAGCCCUGGAUCCAGUGAAAGAUCUGAAGAUGAAAGACAUGGAUCUUGUGGAAGCUUAUUACAAGUGGCAUAGCCUAUUGCAGAAGAUGACACAGAAUAAGUGCCAUGGGUGUGUAAAGUUGGAGGAGCACAUCAAGCUAGCAAAAGAGAUAAAGAGCCAUAAAGAAGAAGUCAGUACUUUGAAGUUUCAAAUGUCAGAUGAAGCACUUCAGCAGAUGCCUGACUUUCAGGGUCGAAUAGAUGUUCUGAAGGAAAUUGGCUGUGUAGAUGCUGACCUGGUUGUUCAGAUCAAAGGGCGAGUUGCUUGUGAGAUGAAUUCUGGGGAGGAGUUGAUAUGCACGGAGUGCUUGUUUGAGAAUCAACUGGAUGAACUGGAACCAGAAGAGGCAGUGGCGAUAAUGUCUGCCCUUGUGUUUCAGCAGAAGAAUACGUCUGAACCUACACUUACUUCCAAGCUUUCCCUGGCUAAACAAAGAUUGUAUGAAACUGCCGUAAGACUUGGGGAGCUUCAAGCACAACGCGGCGUACAGAUUAACCCCGAGGAGUAUGCUCGGGACAAUCUUAAGUUUGGCCUUGUUGAAGUGGUCUAUGAAUGGGCAAAGGGCACUCCAUUCGCAGAUAUCUGUGAACUUACGGAUGUUCCCGAAGGGCUGAUAGUGAGGACUAUCGUAAGACUAGACGAGACAUGCCGUGAAUUCAAGAACGCUGCUUCAAUUAUGGGUAAUUCUGGUCUAUACAAGAAGAUGGAAUUGGCUUCCAAUGCAAUAAAGCGCGACAUUGUUUUUGCAGCUAGCUUGUACAUUACUGGUGUCUGAUCGUGUUGUUACAGCCUGAAGGCAUUUGUUUAGCUCACCCUCUAAAUAAUAGGGAGGUGCUUAGGGAAGAAAAAUGUUGUACAUUAGAAAUGUUGUACAUUAGAGAUGAUGUGAUUCUAGCUAUUGUUAGCACACAGUUUCAAAAAGAAGAAGAAGCUGCUGCUAUUGUUAGUACAUAAAAUUCAGUGGAAAUUCUGGAAUGCUUGGUGAUAAACAGGUAAGAGGCUGUGGAUUGAAAUCUGUAUAGGAAGACUGUUAAAUCUUUUCCCAAAAA